UGGAAUGAAAAUGGAUUUCGAAGAUAGGGAACGGACCAAUCAGGUAGCUGAAAUAUAUGGAUAGAAAACAGGAAAAGGAGAGUGAAAUACUCCGCCCCCAUUUUCAUUUCAGGGAGAGCUGCUCUCUUUCUACCAUCCACAGUCACGUCGACAGAGGUCCCUAGCCCGGCCUGAUGGUUACCGCAGCUUCCACUUCCAUGGCGGCGACGACCGUCUUCAGCCCAAGACUCACCGCCUACUCCACCCCCAUCAGCGGCUGUUCCUUUCCGUGCCUUCGACGACCGCCAUUCUCCGUCACUGCUUUCCACGCUUCCCUCAAACCAGCUGAACACAGGAGGUCUUCUUGUAUGCAGGUUAAAGCAUCUUCACCCAAGGAUACAUCAAGUGCUAUUGAUCCUGAAGAAUUGUUUGCUGAUCUAAAAGAAAAGUGGGAUGGUCUAGAAAACAAGUCAACUGUUCUUCUUUAUGGAAGUGGAGCAAUUUUUGCAGUUUGGCUCUCUUCAGCAGUUGUGGGUGCCAUCAACUCCGUUCCUCUGCUGCCCAAAAUUAUGGAGUUGGUGGGGCUUGGAUAUUCCGGGUGGUUUGUAUACCGUUACCUUCUCUUCAAGUCCAAUAGGAAAGAACUAGCAGAAGAGAUUGAACAACUGAAGAAGAAGAUAUCAGGAACUGAAUAGAUGAUGGGUGAAUGGACCCCAUAAUCAUUUCAAGUUGACCAUUGUUAAUUUUCUUGGAUUAUGUAAGAGGCUUAUUCUUGUUUAAGGGUAUCCUUGCAGAAAGCUUUGUGUUAAACGUUCAUCUUGCUGUAAGAUUCUGUAGUUGUAUUUAAAUAUACUCCAUAUGUGUUUAAGAAAUCUACUUUAACUGGCACUUCAUCUUUUGUAAACUCCACAAGUCCAUAGUCUAUACCGUGUAGUUUGGAGAUUACCAGGGGGCAGG